AUGUCGGCGGAGGGUAUCCCGCAAGUGGCUGUGGUACUGGGCAGCUGUACCGCAGGGGGUGCCUACGUGCCCGCGAUGGCGGACGAGAGCGUGAUCGUGCGGGGCAACGGUACCAUCUUCCUGGGAGGCCCGCCGCUGGUCAAGGCCGCCACCGGGGAGGAUGUGACUGCCGAGGAGCUGGGAGGCGCCGAGCUGCACUGCUCCACCAGCGGCGUGACCGACCACCUCGCCGAGAACGAGCAGCACGCCCUCAGCCUGGCCCGCAGCAUCCUGUCUCACCUCAACUCCCCACCGCACCCGGCGGCGGCGGCGGCGGCAGCGGCGGCGGCGCCCUGGCACGGGCAGCCGCCGACGCCUGCCCGCGCCGCCGGCGGCUGGCAGGAGCCGCGGUUCCCACCAGAUGAGCUGCGGGGCGUGAUCCCGGCCGACCCCAAGCAGCCCUUUGAUGUGCGGGCGGUGCUGGCGCGGCUGCUGGAUGGCUCCCGCUUCCACGAAUUCAAGGCGCAGUACGGCCGCACCCUGGUGACCGGCUUUGGCAGCCUGUACGGCAUGCCCGUCGGCAUCGUGGCAAACAACGGCAUCCUGUUUUCUGAGGCCGCACUCAAGGGCGCACACUUUGUGCCCAAGCUGACGCUCAUCAUCGGCGGCAGCUUUGGCGCGGGCAACUACGGCAUGUGCGGCCGCGCCUACUCCCCUGACUUUCUAUACAUGUGGCCUAACGCUCGCAUCAGCGUCAUGGGCGGCGAGCAGGCGGCCAGCGUGCUGCACCUGGUGGAGAGCGAGAAGCGGGCGCGGGAGGGGCGGCGCUGGGCGGCGGAGGAGCAGGAGGAGUACGAUGCCGAGGGCCAGCCCGGCUUUGCCUCGGCGCGGCUGUGGGACGACGGCGUGAUUGCGCCGCAGGACACACGGGCGGUGCUGGGGCUCAGCCUGGCGGCGGCCAUGAACCGGCCGCAGGGACGCACCCGCUUUGGCGUGUUCCGCAUGUGA